CGGUGGAAUCAGCUGCCACGCUUGCAGCGUGUGGUGUUCUUCAUGCUAGGAGUGGCGGCCCUGGUGGCCCUCAUCUACGUUAUUGCUAGUCAUGCUGAACCCUCAGCACCCUCUGCUGUUUCUCAUGAGAACAACUUGAUAGCUCCAACUCCAGCAGCUCUCCAUCCUGAAGUAAUAGAAAAUGAAGUAAAUGUCGAGGAAGAAGCAAAGAAGGAAGGAGCCGACCAGAUAAUUCCUCCCCCUGGACCCCCACGAAAGAGAUCUGAAAGACAAGAAGCUGUUGUUGGAGCAAUGAAACAUGCCUGGAAAGGUUACAAGACGUAUGCUUGGGGUCAUGACCAUCUUAAACCCUUGUCCCGGUCAAGUAAUGACUGGUUUAGACUUGGGUUGACACUAAUAGAUGCACUUGAUACACUGUGGAUUAUGGACCUUAAAGAUGAAUUUAACGAAGCUCGGGAGUGGGUUGCAACUCAACUAAACUUCAACAUAAACCAAGAUGUUAACUUGUUUGAAUCCACCAUUCGCAUAUUAGGUGGCCUUCUUUCAACAUAUCACCUUACUAAUGACCAACUUUUCCUCGAUAAAGCUGUUGACAUAGGUGAUAGACUGGUUGCUGGAUUCAAUAGUGGUUCUGGAGUACCCUUUGCAGACGUCAACUUGUAUUCACGGAAAGCUUCGAACCCAAAAUGGGGCCCAGAUUCUUCAACUUCAGAAGUUACAACAAUUCAGCUAGAAUUCAGAGACUUAUCUCGUGUUACUGGAAACCCUAUUUAUGAGGAGAAAGUGAACUUAGUGUCUGAUCACAUCCAUAAGCUACCAAAGACAGAAGGACUCGUUCCCAUCUUCAUUAAUGCUCAGACAGGACAGUGGCGAGCACACUCGACCAUCACCUUAGGGGCCAGAGGAGACACUUAUUAUGAAUAUCUUUUGAAACAGUGGAUCCAGACCGGACGGACGAGAGACUUCUUAAGAGAUGAUUACAAUGAGAGUGUGGCUGGCAUGGAGCAUCUUUUAGCAAGAAGGACAGAACCCAGUAACCUUCUUUUCUUUGGCGAGCUUCAUGGUAGUAAAAAUUUUGUCAAUAAGAUGGAUGAGCUUGUUGACUGCUAUCUCCCUGGCACUCUAGCCCUUGGAGUUCAUUAUGGAAUGCCAAAACACCAUAUGAAGAUAGCAGAGGAUCUGAUGUAUACUUGUACGUUAACUUGGCUUCGUCAACCAACGAACUUGGCCCCAGAAAUUACUUACUAUAAUACUCAGCCCACGAGUACGAAUGAAGACUUCUUUGUAAAGAGCAAUGAUGCACACUACCUUCUCCGUCCAGAAACUGUAGAAUCACUGUGGUACAUGUAUCACCUAACAGGAAACAAAACUUUCCAGGACUGGGGAUGGCAAAUGUUCCAGGGCAUAGAAAAUUACUGCAAGGUAGAAAAUGGAUACACUUCCAUUGGGAACGUCAGAAGUACAAUAGACACAAAACCAAAAGACAAGAUGGAAUCUUUCUUCCUAGGGGAGACACUUAAAUAUCUUUACCUCCUGUUUAUGGAGGAUCAGAGUGCUUUUAGUGUAGACAAGUGGGUCUUCAAUUCUGAAGCACAUCCACUACCUAUUUAUACCCACUAGUCUUCUCAUCAAUCAUCAUAGAAAGCAUAUUAUACUUCACUAGAUCAUAUUAUUUAAUUAUUUCAGUAGGGUAAGCAAUCCAGGCUGAGUUUCAUGAAAUCGGUGGUAUUUUGAGAAAUAAUUUACUAUGCAAUCUGUUGCAUCACGAAGGUUGGGCUGGGGGACUUUCGUUCUCAGGUACUGUCACUGCUGGGGCUGGGAUUGGGUGAGGAGAAAAUGUUUGAAGUUGUGAAUUAAUAGGGGUGAUGAUAUAGAUUUUAUAAUAAUAUAAAAUAUGUUGACUAAUUGAAUAUCUAUCCAAGCAUUAAUAUAAUUUAAUUUUUAAACUAUAUUUAAACUAUACAUAUUUUUUGUGCUACAGCAGUAGUAAUUUGAUCCUAAACUGGCAAUUUUGUCUAUAAUUUUGAAAGCAAGGCCAGGGUCCUGAUUAUUGAUUUCUUUGCACCACUAAAUUUCCAAGAGUGACAAAGUUCAGAAAUGACUCCAGGAUCAUUCUUUGAACUAUCAUGAUGCUGUACAAGAUAUCUAUCUUCUUGAACAACAAGUGUACAACUUACAGAAAUCACUUGGAAAGGCAAGAGAAAUAAAUGGAAUGUGAGAGUUAUCAGAAAACAAAGAAUAAAGCCACAAAUAGCAGAUAAAAUUGGUGAUGCUAGAAGACAUUCUGUGCCUCAUUGGUUAAUGUGGUGGUGAAAGUGUCUUCAGUAUUUGAGUUAGCUGUUUCUUCAUGUUUGUCUAAAAAUUCUACCAGCUAUUGCAAGAUUUUCUGCUAGUUGUGAGUUAUCCUUCAUCAAGCUGAAACUCAUGCUAUGCUUCCCUUAAGCAUCACUGGGCCAAGAAAGGUUUUCAGCUUUAGUCAUAUUAAAUGCAGUAGUGUCACAUACAAGAUUAGUAAAGUCCGAGACAGAUUUGCUGGAGUGAAAGCUGCAACUAAACCUCUUAAAGAGGAUCUAUCAUAGCAAUCAGUUGCAAGAAAGAAAAGCUUCAAAACUUGUAAAACUGCACUUUCCCUCCAUUUUCAGUCUUGCCCUUUGUCUCUCACAUCUUUCCUUUUCUUUCUGAUCUUACUUCUAUUUGUUCAUGAACAAUAAAGCUCUGAAUUAUACUUUGUGCUUUGUCUGCAUUUUCUUUUCUUUUUUUUCUUUCUGUAUAGCUUGUACUUCAUAUUGUACUUUAUCCUCCAUCAUUUCUUUAUACCAGUAUACAAAAAGGAGCAUCAUGCAUCAUUAUACUUGCCUGAUAAAUGGGCAGUCACACUAGUCUUGUCUGUCCAGGGAUCCCUUUAAGGCAUGGCAUACUUCCCCAGCUGUGAGGGGAACCGAGGUUAAAAUCCGUGCCUGGUGCAGCAGUGAUCAAGAACCGUUUUGUUGAUCUUUUGCCUAAGUCACAGAGGGAAAGAGGAUACCGAAAAUAAAACUAGUAUAAUUACUAUGAAGAGUAUUACUUGGUCAUCUAAACUGUGAUUAUAUUAUAUCAUAGGCGACCAAAGACAGUGAUAACAAUUUUUCGAAUUUGAUCAACGAAUACAGACAAACACCCACUCUGCCAUGCUGAAGGCAAAGAGCCUUCCCACCACAAUACAAUGUCUAGUGCAUUUAUUUUGUUGUCAUUAUUACUUACUUUGCUUUGCAUGGGGUAUAAUGUCAAGGCUGGAAAGGCUGUCUCAAGAUCAACAAUUAUAUUUUAUUCAAUUUCAGUUAUAGUAUUUACUUCCUCCCACAUUAAUAGUGAUUUUUAAGUUUAUUGUUGAUUUUCCUAUUUCUGUUGAAAUAUGGGCUAUUGGGAUAGCUGGUAUGGAUAAUGGUUUCUUGAAAUUUUCAAUUGAUGUGCAAUGAUACUCAUAGAAUUUAUGACUAUCAUUGAUGUGCAGUUCAUUCAAUAUGUAGAAAAUAUGGUCUUUUCUGGGAAUAUGUUUCUCUAUGGGAAGACACUGUUUAUAGGGUGACCAGUCCCACAGAUACUUGGUGUGACUAUUUGGGGAUCCUGGGACAGGCAAGGCUAAUGUGGAUGUUGAACAGCAAUAUUAUUUUAAUUGAAUGAGCGUCAAAAUUGAAAGCAGUAACCCUCGGUUAAAUACAUUUUGCUAAGUAGAAGUUGCAUGGGAUGGUAUGGGGAGUGCUAUUAUCGACCUUGUUCUAGGGCGCCAGCAACCAUCGUGAUGCCACUGAAGGCAGUGAAAUCUUUGCAAAGAUCAGAACUUGAAGCUGCUGUUAUUAUGAUAAUUUAACAAUAUACAUGCCUGGAGUGUGUAAGGAAUUGAAGGAUGAUACCUUAGAUCAUUAGGAAGGCUGUGCUAGAGCAUCACUACCUCUCUUUUAAUUUUUCAUAGUUCCUCAACAUUCCUUAAGCAUUGGGGACAGCAUGGAGAUUCUCCACAACAAUUGCUUCAUGGUUUGAUAUACAGCCGAAGGUGGUGUGCAUGAUGUAACACAAGAGUACUUGUUAAAUAGUGCUACAAAAGAGUGAUUUGACCUUUAUGUACAAAAUGCUGUAUCAUUUUAACUAUAAAAUAAUACAAAAAAGAGAUAUAAUAGAAAUAUUGUUUUGUAGCUUUCUUUAAGUGUGCAGUAUUUAUUACUGUAAGAUAAUACAAGUAGAUAAGACCAGAGUUGCAUAAGAUAUGAGAAAAUGUAAAAUGUUAUUCUGUGAAAUGAAAAGAAUAUCAAGGCAUUGUAGGAAUAAAUGAAACACUAAAUGUAGUUAAGAGUUGAUAGAAAAUGAGUGGUACUUAAUGAAUGUAUUUGUUUGGUACUGAGUAUAGUUAAGAUAUUAUAACAUACCAAUUUUUACAUCAGACAGAGCUUAUUUUGUAUCAUUUUUUAUUUAUUUUUCAUGAUUUUCGUAUUUGCAGAUUAAGGUGUUAUGAAUUACUGACAGUACAGAUUUUUUAAAGAAUUGAAUUUUGAUAAUUCUGCAACUGUAGUCUCUUUGAAUUCACUCAUCUCUAGGACUUUAUGAAUGUUACAGAAUAGAAAAAAGCCAUUCAUUUCAUCAAAUUGUCAUUGUAAUGGUUGUUAACAACUUAAGAUUGCAGAUUACUGUGAUCAUUUGAAAGGACUCUACACCUUAUACAAUCUUGUUGGAUAUAUGAAAUGAUGUUAAAGGGAAGUAUAAGAGGGUGGGUAUAUAUAUUUAUCACACAUGACAGUUUAUCAUGUAUUUCAAAGUUCCCAUUUUUCAGGAAACCGACAAUGUAUGGUAUUUAUAUCAACCAAGCCAAAAGUGAAAUUUGUUAUAUAUUUUGAGGGCUAUAUAAUUUCCAGUAAAGAUAAAAUAGAAUGUUAUAUGACUAAAGAUAGCAUCAGACCAAAUUAUCUUUUGCAAGUUCUUUUCAUUGGAAUUGUAUUUAAAAAAGUGAGAUUCUUUUUAAACAUAGAGGCUGGUUUAUUAUGAGUAUUUAAAAUAACAUGUAUUAUUAUUUUGAAUUAAAUUCGACUGAAACUGCAUAGGGUGAAAUAUCAUUUAAAUAAAAAUGAGUUAACUGCUAGAAAAGUCUCCAUUAUUUUUGUAUCUGAAUGAAGCUGAGCAAUGUGGCCUGUUCAAGCAGUUUAGUCAAUCCGAAUAAAGUUUUUGUCAGAGAAAAUUAUAUGUUGAUAGUCAGUUUGGCAGUGAAGACAAAAUGUUUUUGGUGUUGUUGACUUGAAUAUUAGUUUAGUUAUUUGUACCAUUCUAGAUAAGUUUGUCAUUUUAUAUUUUUUGAUACUGGUAUUGUUUUUUUUGUGAUGUGAGCCAUAGAAUAUAUGGUACAGGAAAUAUUUUCAGCUUUUCAGCUUUUAAGAUAUUUUCAUGGAAAUGCAAAAUGAAAAAUAAUGAAAAAAAAAUCCCUUGACAACUCUAGUUUAUAUCAUUGUUAUUAUAAUUAUUAUUGUCAUUAGUAUUGCUAUUAUUUGUUUGUUUAUUGUCAUUAUUUUUUUUUUCUUUUUCAUUCAUCAUUUUUCUGUAAUUGAACUUCAAAGAUUUAAGUGGCACACAUAGAUGGGGCAUUAAAAAGAUUUUCAUGCUGUAAUAGAUUUUUAUAUAUAAAUAUGAUUGCACUUUUUAGGAAGGUAUAUGGUCUGAAAUUGUUGAUGGUAAAACAGAUGGCAUAAGCAAAAGUAAGGUUUCUUAUGUACAUGUGUUUACACGCACUCCCUCCCCUGUCUCCCCUCCUCUUUUUUCUCUCCCUUCUCCCCUCCUCUUUUUUCUCUCCCUUCUCCCCUUUCCUCUCUCUAAUUUCCAUUUUCCAUUUUUUCUCUCUCUAACCACCUUGAUGGAAAACCUGUUAUUUGAUUAUCAGUGUAACUUGAGAGCUUAUGGGUAUUGUUGAAAUUAUAAUGAUAUAUUCAUGUUUGAUUAUGUGAUAAAUGUUAUUUUUAAAUCAGAGUAAUUAUCAUAGCUGUGUAAAUGCAUUGCUGAUUAUUAACAAUAUUGUGCCAAUGUAAAGGUGAUUUUGUGCUUGAUAAACCAUAGAGCAGAUGGAGUGCAGUCUCAACAUAUACAUUUCAGAAAUUGAAGAAUUUUUAUUGCCAUUUGUCUUCAUUUGUUUUCGGAUUGUAGGUUAUGUAUUUACGAAAAUGAAUUACAAACCAUAUAUCCCUCCAUUAAACCAUGUCAAGUGCAAGUUACAAAGUGGUUUACUUUGUUUCAUAGAGUUACUGAUCUAUUAUCCUAUUUUUCUGGCCAUGCUCAGGAAUGGGAAUGAUGUUUUGUCUAUGAAAGUUUAGUAUAUACUGUAGAGAGGUUUAUAAGUGGGUGAAAGAUGGUGAAUGUUGUGAUUACAGGGAAGUGCUCAUAACACUUGUAUUCGUGACCAAUGUAAUUAUGGAAUUUCACCCAUCACAUCUUUGCUUAGUCCUUCAGUAUAGUCUAGCGACUAAACUGGUAAUUUUUUCCAAGUAUUGGCUUGACAGUCUUUUGUGUGAAUUGUUUCCAUUUUUCCUCCAAUUUCAUGCUUUCCUUAGCAAAUCAGGCAGUUUUACUUGACUAUACCUUACAAAGCUCAUACACAUGUGGAUCAUAAGGUAUAGGUAGUCCAUUGUUAAUAGACUUUGUUACAUUACUGUUACUUAAAGAGCUGGCUUUUUAUAAUAAAAAGCAUUAUGCAUUUGUUUUGCAGUGAAAAUGACUGAAAUUUAACUUCUCUUAUAUUACAUGUGUUUGUUUUAUUUUAGAAUUAUUUAAAACCUAACCUGACUUUACAUUUCAGACUUGAUAUUAUUGUGGACUGCAUUUCUUAUAAUUCUUGUUGGUUUUCAAAGGAAGUGGUGUUAAUGAUAUAUUUCUUUCAUAUACUGUAUAUAUACACUAUUAUAGAUAUAUGUAUAUCUAUAUUUCCUAAAUUAAUUUGUAUGUCUUGAAGAAAGUUUGUUUUAAUUUUUGUCCCUGCCUAAUUGCAUUGCUACUUUGAAUAGGUCUUUAGUUUUCAGAAAAAUAGUCUGAAUGUGUCCUAUUCGUUUACCAAUGGUUAAACAGUUAAGAAAUUCAUAUAUUAUGAUAUAUCUGUUGUGUGACUAUUUCCAUCAACAUCAGUGUAAUUGAAUGAAACUGGGAGAGUGAGAGCUUGCAAAUGAGGGCGAGUUGAGUCACAGGGUUGGCUUGGCACAUAUCUCAGCAGAAUUCAGUGUUGCUUGCUGACCAUGGGAGUAUCCGGGGAUCUCUUGAACAGGGAACCAGAAGCAUAAGUGUCAAGCUAACUCUACAAAGUAGUCAUGACCCAAUGUGAACUUUGUAAAGAAUGUUUAAUGAUUUCACAUGAAAUGUGAAAGAAUGCAGGCAGCAAGGCCUAUCCAGUGGUACCAGCAUAACUGAGGAGGAGGUUGAAUGGUUGUUAAAUAGUUGAAUAGAUACUCAUAUUUAUAGCUUGUGUGUGUGUGUGUGUGUGUGUGCAUGUGUACAUGCUCAUAUAUUAUGGAAUAGCUUAUGUGGUUGCUUAUGUGUGCAUGUGAGUGUGUCUUAUUAUGUCUGUAUGUACAUACAAUUUUUGUGAAUGUAUGUUAAUAUAGAGGUAGAGUAGUUGGUUAGAUUAAAUAGAUAAUAUGUAGUCAGAUAGAUAGAUAAGUAGAUAGAUAGAUAGGCAGACUGGCUAUUGGGAAUUCAGAAGCAGUACAUAAGGCUUAACUUUUGUGGUAUGCCGAGUUCUCCUUGUUAUUUUUACUGGAUUUUGUGCAUUUUCAAACAACCACUGUGAUUUUUAAAUAUUGUGCAUUUUCAAAGAAUUCAUAUUGUGAAUAGAAAAUGUGAAGGUUCACUGAUAUUGGUACUACUUAUUUCUCAGUAACAAAGUUUUCAUUGGUGAGGGUUGGGAGUAAUCAGUAGUCAGUUCAGACAAGAUAUGAACAUGGUUGGUAUAUCCUGUGCCCUGUUAUUUACUGAACAGAUUUAUAUUUUAAAUUGUGAUGCACAAUUUACAAUGAAGUUUUUUGUUGUAACAUCUUUGAUUGUCGAAUUUAAUUAUGUGCAUAUUCAAUUUCAUUAAGUGAUUAUUUUAUUUUUUCCAUUAUUGCUGUAGUUGUUUAUGUAAUGCACCAUUGGUGAUUCACUCUGUCCUUUUAAGUAUUUGAAAAUUCUGGUAUAGAUUGCUCUAAGGAAAGUAUUUUGCUAGCCCAACAGUGUUUCUGGUAGUUGCAUUUUUACUGUAUUAAAUCAUAUGAAUCUUGAUUAUGAAAAUGCACAAUUGUGAUAUUGCCAGGAGUGAUCUGUACUUCACUGCUGUCAAGUUAUGUUGGAAAUAAAUUAGUUUAAGACUACCAAGACUAGUCUUAAAGUUUAGUAUGUGUGUUUUGUACUGUCAAAACUUUCUGUUAAGAAUAUGAUAAGCACAAUGUGUUAUAAUUUUUCAUAGCCAUUGUCAUAGAUCAGUGGGUGUUUUUAACUGGAGAUUUUGAACUUUAUAUUUAGUAAGGGUUUGUGGAGUGUUUUGGUGUUGUAAAGAUAUUUUCAGAAUCAUACAAGAUAUUAUCAGAUUAUGGUUUUUGUUAGAAGAGAAAUACUACUGUGAGCAAUGUGUGCCUGAUGCAGAAGUACCAAACAAAAUACAGAUAUGAAAGACUGCAUCUGUAUUUUGUAUUUUGCCAUGAAUGAAAUAAAGUAAUUUAUGGCCCCUGAUGUUGCCUGACUCGUGUCUACUAGACAUGAGGACUUCAGAUAUCUUUCAUUUCCACUCAUCAUGAUUCAAUAUUUUAUCAUCUAUAAUUUUAAACCAGAGAUGGACUUUGUGAUUGUAAAUAUUUCACUGAAUAAAGUAUGUAGUGUAUGCUUAGUACUUUUAUUUUGAUUGUUGAUAGUGGUAAAAGCAAGUAUUGUUACGAGUGUAUGAUAUUUUGAAUAUAUUUUAUGAUUCAAUAAAAAUGAAGAAUAAUA